AUGAUCAAAAGGAAAUUACAAGAUUUGGCUGUGUGUUGCUCCUAUCAGGUUGAUUUUUUGCACGAAAAGAAACACUCUGUAAAAGAAUUCAAAAAGAAAUACGAAGUUCUCGAUGAAAUUGGUCGAGGAGGUUUUGGGAUUGUGUAUGAGGCAACGCGUCGACAAGAAGGACAACAGCCAGUUGCAGUCAAGUUCGUGCAGCACAAGCAUGUCAGAAGUUGGACUAUGACCUGUCGUCAAUUAAUUCCUUCUGAAGUCUGUCACCUCGAAACGUGCGAGGAUAUUCCCGGAGUUAUAAGAAUACUCGAUUGGUUUGCAAACUCGAAAGGCUUCCUCAUUGUCAUGGAACGUCCCGAAAACUGUAUGGAUCUGUUCGACAUGGUUUCAGUACACGGGCCGCUAAAUGAAGAUAUGGCCAAGUUCAUUUUCAAACAGGUUAUUACAACAGUAUUCGAUAUGUACAGUAAACAUGGACUAUUGCAUCGUGAUAUAAAAGAUGAGAAUCUGAUUGUAAACAUGAAUACAGGAGAAGUGAAAUUGGUUGAUUUCGGAGCAACUGCUUAUGCAGAGAAAGCGACGAAAAAAGAAUUUCAAGGAACUCGAUCAUAUUGCCCACCGGAAUGGUUUCGCGAUCAAUUAUAUCUUCCUCUUGAAGCCACGUCCUGGUCUCUUGGUGUUCUACUUUUUAUUCUUCUCACCGGAAAACUUCCAUUUAAAAAUGAGAUUCAAAUUUGUCUCGGAAAUGUGAAAUUCCCGGAGGGUCUCUCGAAAGAAGUAUGCCAACUUGUGAAAAGUUGUCUCACAACUUCAACGACUGCCCGUGCUUCUUUAUCACAAAUUGCUGCUCAUCCAUGGAUGGAAACGGAUAAACCAUUCUAUAACGGAGAAUCAACAUUCGAGGAAGCACUCAUGGAAAUAAGGAAUCCGGCACCAAUACUCGAAGAUAAAGAAGCUGAAGAAGAAGAUAACGAGUUGAAUGACGUCGUGAUUCUAACGAGAAGUCGUGAUAGUCGAACUGAUAUGGAUAUGGAGAGUAUAUGUACGAUGGUUACUGCUGUUGAAGAUCGAUAUGAACCUUCAAUUGCAGUGAAAGAAUUAGCAGUUGAGGAACUUGUUGCGACAGGCGAAACGACGAAUUUAAUGCGUAGCGAAUCUCGUUACGAUAAUAUUUCAUCGUCCUCUUUCUGCGAUUAUGUCUCGUUGGUUUCCUCUUCAUAUGAUGAUCAGUUCACUUCAACAUCAGAUAUUUAUCAAUCAGCUUGUGAAGUAUUCCCACAUUCAAGUUCGUCUACAUCUCUGAGCAGAGGCAUGGGAGCUGUGAAAUCGGCAUCUGCUUACAAUUUAGUACGAAUGCGUAAAAAGUCGAGUAUUUUCAAAUCGUUCGAUACGGAACUUGAUCCAGUAUCCGAAAUUGAUAGUCAGCCUCUCAUACCGGAAACGUCAUCUGCAAUGUGUCAAUCAACAUACAGUAAUGAUGAAGAUGUAACAAUAUCGGAAGAAGUGAUAACAGCUGGAACAUCUCCAUCUGUGUCGAAUUCUCCACGAAAAGGUAGUCUUCAAUGCUCAGAAACAGUUCCCAGAGUACGAGAUCCAGUCAUCCGAAUGUCAAGACAUCGUCCUCUUCAAUUCGCAAUCGAUUCUUCAUCUCCACCACCAGUUCUUGCCAUUUUUCAAGUCAGCCCAACCGCAUCGGUUGGUUGA